UGAGUUUGACACCCCUGCUGUACGGAGCAGCUCUGUUUCCAUAUGCAGCUGCACACAUGCGAUCACAGGCUAUAGGGAACAAUGGCUCAGAGGGCAGUGAUGUCACUACAGACUGUCCUCCUCACAACAAUGUGUCCUUCAAACGUCUGGUGUCGUCGUGGCGGCGGGACAAUCGCCCCACUGUCCCCCGUCCUCCCCGAUAGGCUGCAGCCACCUACGGUUGCCUCUGUCCAUUCACGCCACACACGGGUGGUAUGUGGCCUUCCACGGCCCACGUAGAGCGGCUCAACGGAGGCAUUAUGUGAUCUGAGGGUCGCGCUAUUCGUGCUCGGCAUUCCGCGUCGCAUGUUACUACUACCACCGGAGCUGCAUGAGCGUGCGAUGCCUCGCGCCGAGUGAGUCCCGAACCCCGCCGCCAAACCUGGGUCAGGACGACGAGCUGCUCCCCAAUGGGCAACACCAGCUUCACCGAGGGGAAGACGGCCUUAACCCUGGGCAACACCACCAUAAAGAGGGGCAAGACCAAGCUGGCCAUGGGGAACUCCUCCAUCAGCCGGGGCCGGAGCACCACAUCGCUGGGCUCCUCCACUAUCACCGGCAGGAAGACCAAGAUCUCCCUGGGCAGCGCCAGCUUCAGCAGAGGCACCACCACCACCUCCUUUCGGAAGGCCUUCUUCCCCAAACGCAAGACGCUCUAGGGGAGACGGGGUCGCUGGGGCAGAAUGUGAGCCGAGGGCAGCGGCAUCGCAGCAAACUUUGGGACACCAGCACAGCAUCUGCACAGGGAUUGAACUUACGCUCGGAGCUUUGACUUUGUCUGGUCAUGGCGGGUUUAUCGAGGAAACAGGUUCCUCGCAUCCACAGCAACCCCUCCUGCAGGUUUACGGCCGCCGCAUGGACCCCUUACCCCCCCACCCCCAAUUCUGAGCAUUCGAAUCCAAAACCAGUCCGGAGGAAUUCGGUUUGACCGCCCAACAACGCCUGAUCUGCUCAGGCUGAAGCUGGAAUUGAAAUUCGCCGCAGGAGGCCUCAGAAACGCCACAUUAAAAAAGAAAACGUGUUGCUAGGGGCAACGGUACAUAGCUCCAGUAGAUCACCAUGACACAGCUGUCACCGUGGACAGUCUCAAAAUCCCUUUUCAGAUGCUGUCUGUGCUUCAAAAAGAGAUUUUCUUUUCAGUUUCACUUGGUUGUAGGAGAUUGCAGCUAUCUCUUAUUCUCUGAUGCUUUUAUUUGUUUCAUUUUUGGGCAGAAAAUAUCUUUCUUAAAGUGCCCUGAUGCAGAAACAUGCUUCCUUCUUCCAUUUUUGAAGCAUAGAUUGUGAUAAAAACCAUGAAAAAAUAACAAAUUUAACUCCAAUCUGGAUCAGAAACAUCCCAUUUUGUGUAAUAAAGCAAGAAAAGUCAAGAAUUGAAAAUGUUGAACUUUAGUUUUUUUGAUAAUUUAACAAGAAUGUUUCACACACACACACUAGAGAGUACUAAUCGAGCACUAAUAACAUUUUGCUCCUGCACAAAAACUCAACCUCUGUGUGUGGGUCAGCGAGUCAAAGCCUGGAUCCUGAACCACCAUCAUUCCUGCUUCAACGUCCAGCUAGAAACUCAGGAUCGCUCCUAAUUAAGACUGAAAGAUCAGCCUGCGACUACUUGAAUCGACUCUGAUCCCACUGGAUCAACUUGGAGGAGGUCAGAAGUGAGGAGCAUUCAUAAAAAACGCUAAUCCUAAAAAAAAACCUGUUGUGAGCACUACUGAUGGAAAGCUGAUUGAGAUUUAUUUCUGUCUCGUCUGGUUUGUUUGUCAUUAAAAUGUGUCUCAGGAUAAAGUGAGUUUGGUGUCCCGGCUAACCUCAGAUUGUGCUCUAACUUCACUGUCACGUUAUUAUUAUUAUUUUGUAUUUUUUUGCCGCCGUGCUCACCUGUGUGUGUUACCUCCUUGUAAGAGUCAAUGAAAAGACAGGACCUUCCACAGAGAGGAAUAAAAACUGUGUGCCUUCCUCAA